CACAUGGCUGGAUCUCUGCAGCCCUGAAUUAAGCGCCAGUCCAAAUCUGGCUGGCGGGGACGCACGGGGCAGAGCAGGAAGGCUUUCUCUCUCAACUUCCACACAGCGGCCAGAUAAAACGCCCCCUGUUUCCAGCACCCUCUGGGCAUUUUUUUUUUCACAAAUUCUAUUGUUUUGGUUCCCGCUCGGGUAUUUUCACUCCUGGUUCAGUGCCAUGCCAGCGCCUCUUUUCCUUCUGGAGGGAGCUGAUGCUAAAGAAGGGGUCUUAUAGGAGGAUUUGCCCACAAUGGAAUGUUGUAGACUCGCGUCCAGGACUGUAGGAAGUUCUUCUUCCCUGUCCCGGGCUCGGAAUCGGGAUUCUGGAUCCGAGGAGGAGCGUGUUCUCUUCUGGGCAUUCCCUCCGCUGCAUGGAACGCCAAAGUGGGAAUACCGUCGCUCUUACAGCCAUUUAAACGAGGAACAGUCACCUGUGACCAUUUAGACACACACACACACACACACACACACACACACACACACACACACACACACACACACACACACACACACACACACACCCACACACCCACACACACCUCGACUCACUCAGACUUCAGGAUGUGGCGUUUUGACAAGAUCAGAAAGUCGUUCCCCUUCCUGGCUCGCUUUCAUGUCUACCGCAAACUGGGCGGUAGCAUGCAGUGUGAAGAGGGCACAGAAUGGCUGCUGGAGCUGUUGAUGGAGGUGCAGUUGCAGCAGUACUUCCUGCGUAUCCGAGAUGACCUCAACGUCACGCGGCUCUCCCACUUUGACUACGUCAAGAAUGAAGACCUGGAGAAGAUUGGCAUGGGCCGACCUGGACAGAGACGGCUAUGGGAAGCUGUUAAGAGGAGGAAAGCCAUGUGCAAGCGAAAGUCUUGGAUGAGCAAGGUGUUUAGUGGUAAGCGCCCGGAUGGCGGAGACUUCUCCCAGCAGGGCCAGCCGGCCUCCUCCUUCCGAAAACUGUCUCCCACGCCGCCGCUGGGCCUGGGGGAGGGAGUCCUCGUCUCGCAGCCCGGCGGCGGCGGGCCCCCGGGUGCUCUGGGGCACCAGCAGCAGGCCCUGACCUGCCUCAUCUCGGAGAAGGAUCUGGCGCUGUUCGAGAAGCUGGGGGACGGGUCCUUUGGCGUGGUCAAGAGAGGGGAGUGGCUCACGCCAGCAGGGAAGCUGAACGUUGCUGUGAAGUGUCUGAAGACUGACGUGCUGAGCCAGCCCGAUGCUCUGGAUGACUUCAUCUGUGAGGUCAAUGCCAUGCACUCCCUGGACCACCAGAACCUCAUCCGCCUCUAUGGUGUGGUGCUGACCCACCCAAUGAAGAUGGUGACGGAGCUGGCUCCUCUGGGUUCUCUGCUGGAGCGUCUGCGCUGCGUGCGUCCUCAGGGUCCAGUGUUGAUCCACACACUGUGUCAGUACGCCGUGCAGGUGGCCUGCGGCAUGGCCUACCUGGAGCAGAGGAGGUUCAUCCACAGGGACCUGGCAGCCAGGAACAUCCUACUGGCAUCAGCCCACAGAGUCAAGAUUGGAGACUUUGGCUUGAUGAGGGCCCUGCCCAACAACCAUGAGCACUACGUGAUGCAGGAGCAUCGAAAGGUCCCCUUUGCAUGGUGUGCUCCAGAGAGUUUGAAGACCAGAACCUUCUCUCAUGCUACAGACACCUGGAUGUUCGGAGUGACACUCUGGGAGAUGUUCACCCACGGCCAGGAGCCUUGGCUGGGCCUCAACGGCAGCCAGAUCCUGCACAAGAUUGACAAGGAAGGGGAACGUCUCCCUAAACCGGAGGACUGUCCUCAGGACAUCUUCAACGUCAUGCUGCAGUGCUGGGCCCAGAAACCGGACGACAGACCCACCUUUGUCGCCUUGCGAGAGUUCCUGCUGGAGACCAUGCCCACAGACAUGUGUGCCCUUCAGGACUUUGAUGAGCCAGACAAGCUGCAGAUCCAGGUCAAUGAUGUCAUCACCAUCAUUGAGGGCAGGGCUGAAAACUACUGGUGGCGUGGUCAGAACAAGCGGACUCUGAAGGUGGGCCAGUUCCCCAGGAACGUGGUGACGUCGGUUGCGGGUCUGUCAGCCCAUGACAUCAGCCGACCACUCAAGAACAGCUUCAUUCACACCGGCCAUGGAGACACCGACCCGCACCGCUGCUGGGGCUUCCCUGACCGGAUCGACGAUUUGUACCUCGGCAAUCCCAUGGACCCUCCUGACAUUCUGGGGUUGGACCUCAGUGCUGCUCGCCCAACCCAGUUACCGGGUCGAGCAAAAAAGCCAUGCUACGACCUGGUCACUGAGGACGAGGACGCCACCUCCACAGGACUCAAGAGGUUAUCGAUACGAAAACCAGGCUCCAUCAAAGGUCUCAAACUCAAACCUGCUGCUUGGGUCUCUGCCUCCAAGCAGGGAGGGACCCGGCCCUCGGGCUCAGGGAACACCCCCAACAGCGAAGUGUCACUCAUAGACUUUGGCGAGGAGGAAUUUCCCCCACCCACACCCUCGCCUUCCCCAGUAGUUGAGAUCCAGAUACCCUCAUUGGCUAAGCUGGCAUUAGAAGCUGACAAUAUCCUGGACCGAACACCACCUCAGAGCCCGUCUCGAUCACUGCCCCGCCCCCUCCACCCCACGCCAGUGGUGGACUGGGAUGCCCGACCGUUGCCUCCACCCCCUGCCUACGAUGAUGUUGCGCAAGAUGAGGACGAUAUGGAGGUGAGCUCUAUCAAUAGUGCAGAGCAGCAGCAGCAGGAAGAGGAACAGACUGAUGGCCACAGCUCGAAUGAGGUCCUUUCCUCUGGACAGGAGUUUGAUGACGAAAGCCCUGUCUCCAGAGGCCCAGACAAACCUGGCCUAGAAGACAACCUCUUUCUACCCAGCAAGCAAUCCCAGGGUCCCUCCAAUGCCUUCUCCCAGUCGGCCGAGAUUUUCCAAGAGCUCCAACAGGAGUGCAUGAGGAGGCUCAACGUUCCCGCCGGAAGAGGUUCCCGGUCAGUCUCACCAUCCCAGAGUUUAGCCAUAUCUCCCCAGACCCCGCAGACGCAGGACAUGCAUCGUCAGAUUGUCCUGUCCAUUACUGAGGACAAACCCCAGAUCCCACCACGCAUCCCCAUUCCCCCACGCCCAGUAAAAAAGGGGGGGUACACCCCUGUGUGCUGGUCAGGGGAUCUUUCCCAGUCCCCCACGCCAGCCACCACCACAGAGGACACUUUAAAUGUAGACAGACCACCUCAGAUUCCCCCUAGAGACCCCUUCUCCCAGCCAUGUUCCCGGACCCCAAGCCCCAUGGGUCUGGUUGUGGGCUCUCCCCAGCAGAGAGCCUACUCCAUCAGCCCCAGUGCCCCACCAGCUCCCCUCACCUUUUGCGCCUCCUCCACACAUGCCUACGGCUCCUACCUCUCCACUUCUCCGGUUAAACCAAUGCCAACUACGCACAGCUUUGCCCCGGAUCCUAAAUAUGCUGCUCCCAAAGUGAUCCAAGCCCAGGCGCUGGGGAAGGACGCAUCGAGCAAGGGUCCCUGUAUCCUCCCCAUUGUCCGUGAUGGGCGUAAGGUCAGCAACACCCACUAUUACCUCCUGCCUGAGAGACCGCCAUACCUCGACCGGUACGAUCGCUUCUUUAGAGAGUCCGAGAAUGUGGCCGUGAGCAGCAGCGAGGGAAGGCACAUGCGGCAAGCUAACACUGCUACCGUAAGACCCAUGGUGGUCAAUAGCCAAACUCUGCAGGGACACAUCCAGGGACAGGGGCUGGUCCAGCCGGGUGACCUGAAGGCUAAUUUCUCCUCCAACAAUAACAGCAGUCUAGGCGCAGGGACCCGGUCAGGGAUGAAGACGUCAGUCAGUUUACCCCGGGUAUGUCUAGAGGGACUAACGCCAGGGGUACUGGUCACGGGCACCAGCACCGAGGGAGGAGUGAACACUGUUGACAGGGUCAAAAUGGUGCAGGAGGCAGUUCACGGCGUGACAAUGGAGGAGUGCCAAACAGCCCUCCAGAACCAUAACUGGAAUGUCCUGAAAGCGGUGCAUUACCUCAAGGUGGAGCAAUUGUUCUGCCUGGGUCUGAAGAGCAGGACAGACUGUCUGAAACUGCUGGAGAUGUGUGACUGGAAUCUGGAGGUUGCCAGCACUCAGCUGCUUGAUAACUAUAGUACCACAACCAGGCAAAGCAGACGGUGACAGAUAUCCUUUGACAGCUGUGGCAUAGGUUGAACUUAAUCCUCAACAAAAAGUCAACCUGAGGGGUUGGAGUCUGCUCCUGGCCUUCCUGUUUUGGCUUUUCGGACACACAGCCAAUUUAGAAGACCAGGAUCUAAGUACAGAGGAUUCAAGUGAACCAGCACGAAAUAAUGGACUACACCAUGGCUUCAUUCAUUCUCAUCAUACAUACAGAAACCCAACCUGUGGGAUGAGGCUCCCAUGAAUUAGAUUGACAUGGCUCUGAUUCAGAAGUUACAGUCUGAGUUGCACUAUAUGCCCACUCCACUCUCUUUUAAAAAAAAAAGAAGCUUGAUGGCCAUGAUAAAUACCCAACUUAUUCUACAAAGACACUGAGUGAGCCAGUUCCAACUCUGUUUUUUCACCUAGCCAAGACCAGGCUUGGAGCUGUGGGCGCUCAAUGCAUCAUAUCACCCCAACAAAAAGUCUACAUAGUCACAGAUCCUGGGUGCCAUGAGACUCCUUCUGUAAGAUCCACUCACUGCUAACCAUCACUGCCACAGUUAUGCUGAUGACCAACUCCACAAUUACAUUUUCCCUCUGUAUGUGGUCAAUGACAAUGGAGCAUCAGUUGAGAAGUGAGUAGUAAGAGGUGAGAACGUCCCACAGUUAGCUGAGUAGCACAAGAUAGCACUUUGUUAAAAAGUCAAAUCUCUGCUAAAGCGGUCACAAGAUAACUCAACACUCCAUGUUUAGCAUCAGCAUGCCAAAAAAAUGAAAUGCCAAGUAUCGGAGUUGUUUGACUGAAAACUUCUAAUCUUCUGGCGUGACAUUUCACAAUCGAAGGGGAUUUUCAUUUCUAAUUUUGUAAUUUUUUCUAACAAAUCACUCUGGGAAUCUGUGAAAAGGCAAUCCAGUACCACUUGCUCGCGGAGGCUCGUACCACCCUUUGGCGAUAGCUGGUGCUGAGAUCCUAGCAUACAAAACAUGCUCCUUGCACAGUACACAAUAAAGUAGACAACAAAUAUUGUUUCAUUCCGUGUUCAACACCGUUUUGUUCAAGAACAGUUUUGCCUGUUGACAGUUCCUGAUACUGAAAACUUGGGAUAUUAUUUCCUUAUGUCGACAGCUCCUGAAAUCCUAUGGUGGUGCUAAAAGUAAAUACUGUGCAGCCAUCAGAGUUGCUCCACAGUCAAGAACAUUUACCUCUGUCACUUAGGGGGGUUUUAUACUUGCAUGAGUUGGUUGAGGAAAAUUGGCUAGCAUCCUUGUAUUGUUUCAUCUCUUCAAGCUAUGAUGCUCUCAUUAUACUAGAAAUCGAAGGUCAGCGUAGGCUGGUGCUGACCUAAAUGUAGAAAAUCAGAGGAGAAAAAAGCUGGUCCAACUUUUUUCUUAUUUACCAGCAGAGCGGUUUUCAGUUUCUUCAAGAUCUACAGAAGAAUCGGCAUUCACACACGCAGUAUACAGUACAUUAAAAAAAGAGGUUUAAUGUAUUUUUGGUGACUAUUCUGUAUGUCGAAUAUAUUGGUAUGUUUUCUUCUGAUUUAUGUCUUUUCUUUUUUUUUAUAUAUAUAUUUUAGUUCAAAACUUGUUCAGCGAAAGAUAUUGGCAGAAAAAAAAAGUUUUCUCCUUGAUACCUUACUGGACAAGCCAAAUUUGAUUUUAAUGUAUUCUCUCUGAAUUGAGGAACCGGUCUACGAAUAUAUGGGCCACCAAAAAAGGGGCCACCCACUCUCAGAGGAAAGUUCCCAUGUCCCAGAUUUACUUGCUCGUCUUCUUCCUUUCUUUCUAAGCACUUUGCCUAUACAAGAACUACUGUGCAUCAGCUGAAAGCUGUCCUGCCAGCUUGUUGUUUUUAUUUUCCUUUUUUUUUUCAUGCAUGUGCCUGGAGCACAAAGGCUGUUAGCGACAGCAAGACAUUCACGCCAACAUGCAGAAACUGUCCCCUGACGUGCCCUCAGAGGCAGUGAUUUACAAAGGAAAAGGUACACCAGGGUGCACUUUUUAUGUUGGCUAUUUUGUUUUUCCUUUUAAAGGUCUUGUUACAGUCAGCAGUGAUUUUUUUUUUUUGCUUGGUCACCACUUAUGUUCUGAACUUUUUACAUGUUUUUUUUAAAAAAAAAAAAGACGUUUCAAAGAUAAAAAAAAAAGCUGGCACAGUGUCGAUCUGCUUGGGUCUGUUCCAGCUGAUAAGGUUGGGUAAGGUUCUUUUUCAUAUCACUUUAAAUGCAGUGUAAUUGAAAGAGGGUGAUAAUAUCAAAGGGCAUCCACAUGACCUCUGUGCUUGACUGAGCCCGACUGCAGUACGUGACCGGACGUGAACUUUCCAAGCGUAGAUGCUGCUGGCGUUUUUGAACCCGACCACCCUCGCUACAAGUCGGCAUGGCGAACCCAAACCAAUUUGAAAGCUUUGAUCAGAGCCAAAGUGGGCAGAAAAUCUCACAGGGCUUCUUAUAAAGUGCAUUUUUUGUCACACCGGGCCUUUAUAUCUGUGUGCGUAAAGGGUGAAUCAAGGGGUAACGGGCAUGUGAAUCUCACUUGAAAUACAAUUGUCAAGGGUGUAUGUUCUUGAUGUGGCCUCAAGUAAAGUUUAUUUUCCUGUGUCCGAAAUGGCUGCUAGAGAAACCUGUAACCUCUUCAUAAGUACACCAGUCAAUACCAUCCAGUUGUAAAUAUAGCGCUUUCCAUUGCUGCAUGGCAACAUUAUCCAAUAAUUCUAUGACCAAAAAAAGGAAACGCUGCCCAUUGUCGAAUCAAUUCACUUGAGUGUUUUGAGUAUAAGGUGUCUGGUGACGCAGUUUGUGUCCUCAGCGUUGGGUAAAAGUUGUUUCUUUAGCUUUUAUAGAAGCUUGACUUCUCAAUUACCUUUCAGUGAUUAAAGAUGGGAUAAGAGGGAUGGCAAAGCUAAUCUCUUGUCAGUGCUCAUCAGCAACUUUUAUCGGAUGUUUUUGUUUGUUCGUUGAAUUGUUUUUCUCUCCUAUACCAAGCUGCUGUAGAUGUCUUAGAAUGACUGAAGUGAACCUUGUGGUGUCACCAUCAACCCAAACCAAUGUGCUUUCACUCUAUUGUUCAAGCUCUGAUGUAGUAGAGCCCUGCCUGUUGGGGUUCCUGUAGUCCUAAUCUCCACUUUCUUUGGAAACUCUACUUGUUCUUUUUUUUUUUAGGGAUCACUGUUUGGCUGUUGUUUUUGUUGAAUUUUUUUUAUCUAUGCAUUUGCUUCCCAGAAACGGUUUUAUUCCCAUCAUUUUUUGUACAGUUUGCUUUUGUUGUUUUUCUUCCCUCUCUCCCUGGGUUGAUGGAAUUGUGUAAGAAAAGUUUGUGCUGCCGGAUUUAUAGAUGUAUUUUUUAUUAAAGAAUUAACUAUUUUUUACCCCGCUUUCACUAGUUUUGGCUUUCUUUCCCACCUCCUCUUGCCAGUGUUUGAUUGGACCAGAUAUCAAGCUGAGCCUAAAAAGUGGCAGUCACACUCAGAUGAAUUGCAACUAACUGAUUUCUCAGCGGAUUACCUUGAUAGACUAAUUAAUGUUAAACGAAGCGUGACGAGUAUUGCGGCAUUUCUGUUGCCAUGGGUGAAAUGGAUAUAAAGGGGCUUAAUCUAUGAAUAGUGGUUUUAGUAUUAAAACCAAGGACCACAGGUAGUCCACAGCUGUACCCUGAGACAAGAAACGUUAUGUUAUUUUAUACUGUUCGUGUUGUGUAUUGAUAAAUGUUCUAUCAUUCACUGUUGAUACGGAACUACUUAUUGUUUACAUGUUGUUGACCGGAUGUAACCCCGCCCAGAAAGAUAAAUAUUAGGUGAAAAAGCGCCAAAACCCAGAACUGCGCUCUCCAAUGCCUUGACAGUCAGGUGGACA